AUGACAUACCCUGUCAUUUCACUGAAACCAAGCUAUAAUUCUGUGAUACGUGGUUGCCCCGGUUUGCCCGAUACGCUGCCCCGAAUCGAAUGCCAAUUAAGAGUGCGAUCCAAUGACUCGUUGCCUUUCCAUCUGGUAAAUAUUGAAAUUAUCCUAAAAACCGUCGAACUCUACUUCAACAAGAACCUGUACGGUAGUACCAACAACUCUCUCGCUCCCUUCAAUCAUUCUUCAGACUCCCCUAACGGCAAUUCGGAUACGAACAACAAGAACACUACCGUUCAUUACAAGAAAAACAUUGUGCUUUCCCACCCUACCCAUGAUAUCACCGGCAGUAACAGCAACGAUCUUAUCGGCAUAGAUAUACCGUUGACAAUAGGUCUACCCGACGAUAUCAAAGAGACAAACUAUAACCCGAAAUUUGGUAAGACGCAGACUUUCCUAGACUGUACAGUCUCCUACGCAAAUGCCACCGGGGCAACCUCGAACAAGAAGCGGAACUUCCUCUACCCGAUAAACGUCGAAAGAUACACUUAUCUCCCUUCACCGUCAUACUUCAGACCGAUCAACAGACCAAAUAUCACUUCCCCGGACCAAAAAUUUCUGAUCAACUACUCCAUUGAAAAUCCGUGCGUUUCCAUGGACAAUGAUACGUUGAAGCUCUCCAUAUCGAUUAGGCUAAAUCCAUUCCCAAAUAGUGCCACCAGUUCUUCCCCGAAUGAUUUCGAUAUGUCUACGCCGACGCUUUUCUCCACAAAGAAGAAGUUCAAGUCCAAACUCAAACUGAAAUCGAUUACUACGCAGGUUCAAGAGUACUUGGAAAUUUUGAAAAACCAAUCCGAAUUCUCAUCCACCCAAACUUCAAACGUUUUGCAAACUUCCAUAAGAACAGUUGACCAAACAAUUUCCAUGAAUUCGAUGCAUUUCCAGUUCAACAUAAAAUUGUUCACAAAGGACAAACUUCUACAAGGUUUCGAAUCUCCUGACUCAAGUUGUCCUGAAACCAAACUAUUAAUAAAUAAAGUCGAUGAUAUACCUUUACAAUACCAUAAUUCAAUAAGCACAAUAGGCCAGCAUUUCAAUGUUUCUCACUCUCUGUCAAUAAAAUUGAAAUUUAAUAAAAGUUUAAAAAACUUUGAAAUUAACCAUCCCAUAAUCAUAUCAUUUUGGUCGAUAAAUCAACUACCACUGAUUGAAAACUUAAUAUCGCAGGAAAGGCAAACCGCCAAAUUUGCCAAGAAAUUUUAUAAAACCUUUGGACAGAUCAAGAAAAAGAACGUAAGCAACAGCAACACCAGUGCGAACUGUUUAGAAUACCCCUCUUUACCGCCAAUAAUUUACUAUUUCAACGACGCCGAAACAAAUAAUAGUUUCAAUAUACUGUAUUUACAAAAGGACAUUASCCGCAUAGACCCCUCUAAACUAAAAAGAGUCCCCGUCAUACAAUAA